AAAAUUGUACUUUUGCCUUCCGCGUUGGCAAUUCCUUUGGUGCCGACUUUUCUCCACGUCAGUUUUGCAUUGUAGACAGAUAAUAUUCUAGCGUUGUUAUAAAACACUCAUGUAACAUCGACGAUAACUUUGUAGUUAUCUAAGAAACAGCCACCAGUCGCAUCGACAAUGUCAUUAACGUUACUGGAGACGGAUGACAGCUAUGACUUUGUUUUUAAAAUAGUUUUAGUGGGCGAUGUAGGUGUUGGUAAAACUUGUGUGGUUCAACGGUUCAAGUCCGGCAAUUUCAUGGAAAGACAAGGAAAUACCAUCGGAGUGGACUUUACCAUGAAGACAAUGGAUAUUCAAGGGAAGAGAGUGAAGCUGCAGAUCUGGGACACGGCGGGCCAGGAACGUUUCAGGACGAUCACCCAGAGUUAUUACCGCAGCACCAACGGAGCCGUCAUUGCCUAUGACAUCACUAAGAGAGGAACCUUCAUGGCUGUGCCCAAGUGGAUGGAGGACGUCAAGAAAUACGGAGGGUCAAACAUUGUACCCCUGCUCAUCGGGAAUAAGUCUGACCUGGUGGAUCAGCGUGAGGUGUCGUUAGAAGAUGCCCAGACCAUGGCCCACCAGCUGGAGUUCCUGACGGCCAUUGAGACAUCGGCUAAAGACGCCUCCAACGUGGAUGAGGCCUUUAACAAGAUGGCCGCCGAGCUCAUCCUGCGCCACGGGGGACCCAUGUUCAAUGAGAAUGUGACGGAAAGCUUCAAACUCAACAGCAAAGACAUGGGCGGAGAAGCCUGGGGCUGUGGCUGCUGAUAGGAGGUGGAGAGGGGACUGUACAUGUUGAUAAUUCAAAGGUUUUGCACCAGCUGGGACUGUGGAUAGUGACCAACAGGUGGUUUGUUGACAUGUGUUGUGAAAAACAUAUAUUUGUUUUAUUCUGUUUCAGGGACCAGUUGAGAAACUUUCUGAUGUAGCAAUACCUGUUUUUUAUGGGGGGAGGGGGGCAUGACCUGCACAGAAAUAUUUCGCAGAGAGAAAAGUGGAUGUUAUUGGACGUAAAUACAAUCUCUGAUCCAGAGAGUUGAUCUGAACCACUAUUGGAGUCAAACCCUGACUUUUACUUCCCAGAGCAUGUAGCUGUGCUGUCCCUCCCUGCCCUUUAACGGAGACCGACAGGCCUGACAGGAAAUGUUAAAUUUAUCACUUCAUAUGGUGCGGCGGCCUGACAUCACAGAUGUUAUUGAACCUUGUUCUGUAGACAGUAUUACAGUGUAGAAGAUAUAUAAACCCGCCCAGCAAGUCAUGACAGGAUUGAUGAUGAUGUUUUUAUGGGGAGGACAGAGUACAUACACGUACCAUAGACUUUGAUAUUUUUGCACAGUGAUUAUUGUUAGAAAUUGACCUGCCAUGUUUGAAGUUGUGCGAUAUGUCAAGGAAAGGUGCAUGGUGUGCCUAGUGUUGCACAUCAGAGUGUAAUCUUGAUUCUGAAUGCUUGUUGAAGAAUGACUGGCACAAUCAGUCUCCUCCUGUGAAGACUACAGGAGCAUACAGUGCAUUUGGAAAGUAUUCAGACCCCUUGACUUUGUCCACAUUUUGUUAGCUUUAUUCUAAAAUGGAUAAAAUAAAAAUGAUGUCUCAUCAAUGUACACACAAUACCCCAUAAUGACAAAGCAAAAACUGUUUUUUAGAUAUUUUUGCAAAUUUAUUACAAAUAAAAACAUACCUUACAUAAGUACUCAGACCCUUUGCUAUGAGACUCAAAAUUCAGCUCCGGUGCAUCCUGUUUCCAUUGACCAUCCUUGAGAUGUUUCUACAACUUGAUUGGAAAGGCACACACCUGUCUAUAUAAGGUCCCACAGUUGACAGUGCAUGUCAGAGCAAAAAUCAAUCUGUGAGGUCAAAGGAAUUGUCCGUAGAGCUCCGAGACAGGAUUGUGUCAAGGCACAGAUCUUGGGAAGGGUACCAAAACAUUUCUUCAGCAUUGAAGGUCCCCAAGAACACAGUGGCCUCCAUCAUUCUCAAAUUUAAGAAGUUUGGAACCACCAAGACUUUUCUUAGAGCUGGCCGCCCAGCUAAACUGAGCAAUCGGGUGAAGGGCCUUGGUCAGGGAGGUGACCAAGAACCCAAUGGUCUCUCUGACAGAGCUCCAGAGGACCUCUGUGGAGAUGGGAGGUCUCUGCAGUACUCCACCCAUCAGGCCUUUAUGGUAGUGGCCAAACAUGCCACUCCUCAGUAAAAGGCAUGACAGCCCACAAGGAGUUUGCCAACAAUAACCUAAAGGACUCUCAGACCAUGAGAAACAAGAUUAUCUGGUCUGAAGAAACCAAGAUUGAACUCUUUGGCCUGAAUGCCAAGCGUCACGUCUGGAGUAAACCUGGCACCAUCCCUACGGUGAAGCAUGGUGGUGGCAGCAACAUGCUGUCGGGAUGUUUUUCAGCAGCAGGGACUGGGAGACUAGUCAGGAUCAAGGGAAAGAUGAACUAAGCAAAGUACAGGGAGAUCCUUAAUGAAAAUCUGCUCCAGACUAUUUAAGACCUCAGGCUGGGGUGAAGGUUCACCAUCCAACAGGACAACUCAGGAGUGGCUUUGGGACAAGUCACUGAAUGUCCUUGAGUUGCCCGGACUUGAAUCCGAUCGAACAUCUCUGGAGACAUGACAAUAUCUGUGCAGCGACGCUCCCCAUCCAACCUGACAGAGCUUGAUAGGAUCUGCAGAGAAGAAUGGGAGGAACUCCCCAAAUACAGGUGUGCCAAGCUUGUAGCGUCAAACCCAAGAAGACCCCAGGCUGUAAUCGCUGCCAAAGGUGUUUCUACAAUUGAAUAAAUGAUCUGAAUACUUAUGUAAAUGUUAUAGUUCAGCUUUUUUAUAUUAGUGUAAUAUAUACAAAUUAGCAACAUUUUCUAAAAAACGGUUUUUACUUUGCAAUUAUGAGGCAUUGUAUGUAGAUUGAUGAGGGGGGGGGGAGCAAUCCUAGGAUAAGGCUGUGACGUAACAAAAUGCAGAAAAAGUCAAGGGGUCUGAAUACUUUCCGGCUGCACUGUAUGUGUUGUACUGCGGGAAGGGAGUAAUAGGCUGUUUUAUAUCUGUCUCGGGCUUGUAGGUGGAAUGCAAGGGUUGUGAAUCAACUUUCUGUAUAGUACCAUUUACUAUGUACUUUUUAUGGAUCUGUACAUUCUGAAGGAGAUUGAUGGAUUUCGAUCACACAUGUCAAAUAGCUUUUGGAAAUGUGCUAGUUAAAGUAUACAUCCAGUUUUAUAAUACAAAAUCAGUUUCAGGAAAUAUGUCACAUUUUAAUAAUAACUUGGUUGAAAUGGUAGUCAUGGCUCUAUUUAAUACUGUGUUUCCCAGCCUGUUCUGGACCUGGGGACUGUGAAGAGACCUCUGGUUGCAUGUCUUGUGUUGUACCAAUGGGUGUCCGGACUGUGUGUGAACUGCUUGAACAGACAGUUUGGUACCAUCAACACCUCGCACAAAGACCAAUAGUGAUGCAGUCAAUUUCUCCUAAACUUUUAGCCAGGAGAGACUGACAUACAUGUUACUGACACUUUCCCUCCGUUUACAUCUAAGUGCGAUACGGGCUGCUUUGUUCUGGACCAACUGCAAUUUACCUUUGUCUUUUGACGCACAUGACCGACCACACAAUACGGACUGUGGUUCCAAAAAAAUACCAAUUAGGAAUUUGGUCGGGGGUCGACUACUGGUAUCAUAUGAACACAAAUAAGACGUGGAAAAUGUUAAAUGAGCUUUAAAAAGGCAACCUUUUCCCUUUGCUUUGUGGCAUAUGUGUAGAAUUGCAUAAAUUAGCUUUAAAAAGGCAACCUUUUCCCUUUGCUCCAUGACAUUAUGUGUAGAAUUGCAUAAAUUAGCUUUAAAAAGGCAACCUUUUCCCUUUGCUCCAUGACAUUAUGUGUAGAAUUGCAUAAAUUGGCUUUAAAAAGGCAACCUUUUCCCUUUGCUUCGUGGCAUAAUGUGUAGAAUUGCAUAAAUUAGCUUUAAAAAGGCAACCUUUUCCCUUUGCUCCAUGACAUUAUGUGUAGAAUUGCAUGAAAUGUACUUUAAGAACUGCUAACUCUCUCUGCCAACAAUAGUAUUUUUUAACAGUUUGAGGUUGCAUGGUUUGUGAGGUGGGGGUUUGCUACGUCGAUAAAUGACUAUCAAUCCAGACCUUUGCCACCUAGGACAUUUGUGUGACAGGACCUGCUCGAAUAGUAUUUGAGAACCCCUGUUCUAGAUGAACAGAGUGCCUUUCUCUGUUAUUGAGUUGUGGAGAGAGAUAUGACAGAAGUGAGAAUAGACAAUGGAAUCAUAAUGUGUAACUAUUCAGUUAUUCCACAUCUUUAUAAGAGUGAGGUGUUGUCAGUGAAUGUUUGUUUUUCAUCUUUGUAUUCUGAACCUGAUCUGUUCAUGUCAUUUUCUUAGGUAAACCUUUUCUUUGGUUUGAGGGUUGCAGAACUAUUGGUGGGCUUUUGAGGGACUGAGGGAAACCAGUUCAGGUUAUUUGUCUUUUAUCGACAAUAGCAAAUUAGAUAAAUAUUGUUCAUCUUAACUUGUUAAUAAAAUGAAUAUCAUAGCCUAUACAUGCAGUUACUAUACAGUGGUCACCUUCUCUAGCCCCGUUUAUACCUGCUGCUAACGUGUCCUUCAUCCGGAUCUUGCCUGUUUACACUUAUAACAUCUGAUCAAAAUCUGUUCACAAUGCGUCUUUUAUUCAUCUAAAAAUGUGGGCACAAUCAGAAUGUGGACAAGAUAAGGACAAAAGGACGCACAUUAGAACCAGGUAUAAACGUGACUGAUGUGCCAUAAUCACAGUAUCUGUCUUCAAUAAAGUUACAAUAUCUGUAAUCCGUUUAAA